UCCUCGACUGUCCCCCGGAUCUGUCUCUUGCUUCAACAGUGUUUGGACGGAACAGACCCAGGGACGCCCCUUCUUCCAGCCUCCGACCACCCUCCAGCCUCUUUUCCAGUCUCAACCUUCGGAACCAACUCAGCCAUCCUCGGCCUCCGAGACCAGCUAACACCGUUAUUUGAGCUUAACUCCUUACUGCUGAGCAACCAUGAGCUCCCAAGUUCGUCAAAAUUAUUCCACCGAGGUGGAGGCCGCCGUCAACCGUCUGGUCAACUUGCAUCUGCGGGCCUCCUACACCUACCUCUCUCUGGGCUUCUAUUUCGACCGCGACGAUGUGGCUUUAGAGGGCGUGAGCCACUUCUUCCGUGAGUUGGCGGAGGAGAAGCGGGAGGGUGCGGAACGUCUCUUGAAGAUGCAAAACCAGCGUGGCGGUCGCGCCCUCUUCCAGGACCUGCAGAAGCCUUCCCAAGAUGAGUGGGGUAAAACUCAGGAUGCCAUGGAAGCUGCUAUGACCAUGGAGAAGAACCUGAACCAGGCCCUAUUGGAUCUGCAUGCCCUGGGUUCUGCCCGCGCAGACCCCCAUGUCUGUGACUUCCUGGAGAACCACUUCCUAGAUGAGGAGGUGAAACUCAUCAAGAAGAUGGGAGACCACCUGACUAACCUCCGCAGGCUGGCCAGCCCCCAGGCCGGGCUUGGCGAGUGUCUCUUCGAAAGGCUCACCCUCAAGCACGACUAGGAGCCUUUGGAGCCCAGAGGCCUUUGAGGGGCCCCUCUGCAUUCCCCUGGCAUUGGGCUUAUGCCUGAGCCUCUCCCUGAAAUAGCUAGGCAGCCUUCUAACCACCCCGGGGCCCUCUCCCAUACAGUGGACCAAAUUGAAACAAUAAAGCUUUUUGCAGCAGCCAUU